AUAUUAUGAUACCUUCAAAAUCCAGCAUUAACAUGAGGCAGCCGAAUUUUCUAUUUCGAUUUUCGUGCUCGAUAUAAAUUAUAUAUUAUAUGCUCUAUUCUCUAAAGCUUAAACUAAUUACAACUCUGUAAUUACACUCUGUCACAUUUUGUGUAUCAUAUUAUAAACAUGUUUGCAUCUUUUGGAAUGUCUUCUUUAAGAUGCUCAGUGUUAGUAGAAUCGACAAAAUUAAAUUCGGUGUUUUUCAAUUCAAUACGAAAUAAAUGGAAUUUCACACACAUGGAGCUACCAGAUCCAAAAUCUAGAAAUUUCAGGCGAGAAAUUGAAUGGCCUGAAAAGUAUACUGUCAAACCAUUAAACAAUAAACAUUUAGCAGGAAGAGAUCCCGUGACAGGGAGAGUUGUCGUCAAAGGCCUAGGUGGUGGUAUAAAACAAAAGUACCAUUGGGUAGAUCUUAAACGGUUCGGACCAACUGGCGAGAAUGAUCCUCCAAAAAUUGAUAAGGUCAUCGAAUUAUUAGAUUGUGGCUGUCGUACAGCCAAAGUUGCCCUAGUCGGAAGUGGAACAAAUUUAAAAUACAUUUUAGCAACAGUGAACAUGAAACCAGGAGAUUUGUUAGUUACUUCUGGAUUUAUUCCUCGUAUUCCAGUAAAUCCAAACGAAGGUGAUUGCUAUCCACUUGGUGCAUUAUCCAAAGGAACUCUUGUGCACUGUGUAGAAAAAGUGCCUGGUCAAGGUGGACAUUUUGUUAUGACAGCAGGAUCAGCCGCUACAGUAUUGAGACACGUAGAUGAUAGAGUUAUUGUACAAUUGCCUUCAAAAUUACAAGUCUCACUUCCUAAACACUGUAUGGCUACAGUUGGUCAAUUGUCAAAUGAAAAUCAUUUCAAAGAACACAUUGGCAGUCCGAAUCGUAAUCGAGAGUUAGGUAAUCGGCCAAGAUCAGGACUCUGGCAAAGAAAAACAGGUCGUUUUGGUCGUAAAAUUAAACCUUUACCGCCAAUCAAAAUUAUCAACGAGGUCACACAAAAAAAACCACAAAAACUAGAAUUAUCUAUUAGGAGUAUCUUUUAAGAAGAUUAAGUUAUGGUUUUCACUUUACGUUAUAGCUAUUAUAGCAUAAUAUUUCAAAUAAACAACUAUAUUUUGUUAACAUUAGUUUAAUACUCAACUUACAAGUACUAAAAUUGAAAAAAUACAGUGUAAUAAUGUGUGUUACCUAAUCCCAAGAAUCCAUUUGAGCCUAAAAUUCGGCAUGAGACGAGUCGUUUUUUCUUUUUACACUGUUAGUCAUCGUUUUCUAAUCAACACACCGGCGCAAGUUUGCAAAAGAAAAAUUGCCAUAGCCAAUUUACCGACCUAUUGACUUUCAGUUUUAUUUCACUAUUGUGUAAAUUUUUUAAAAUUAAAAAAAUAUAUUAUUUCUUUUUAUUUAACACCAAAUACUGUAGAAUAUAUUAUUUUAAUUUUCGUAAUUCACAUCUCACUGUAAUUCAUUAAAUAUAUUUUUUUUUUAUUCGUUUGUCAAUAAUUUGUACACAUUUUCAAAUAGGAUUUUGAAAGACGAGUUUUUAUUUUUGAAAAAAAAAAAAAAUUGUCUAGUCUAAACUUAUUUACAAUAUUCGUAGUAAAUAUAACUAAUAUUAUUAUUAUAAUCGAAUGACGUAGAUAAUGUCGUAAAAACAGGUAAACACACAACAAAGCGAAUCACACGAGUAAAACAAAAAGAAUUCGGAAAACAAAUUAUUAUUACAAUAAAGAUGGAAAGGCUCGAGUUUGAUUA